UAGCCCCCGCAAAGGAUGAUGACCUGGCUACUGCACGAACGCCGGCAGUUUGUCGACUUCAUACACUCUUUUGGUCUCCGGUCUCUCAUUGAUUGAUCUACUCUUCUUUGCAUCUUCUGUUUCUGCCUGCUGUGCAGUAGUCUUUCGUUCAAUCUUUUUUCUUUCCGAUCUAUCCCCCGUUAACAUGCGCCUUUCCAUUCUUUUGAGCGCCAUAGCGCUGCUCCCAUCUACCUUUGCUCAGCUCUCGGGCUCUGUCGGACCUACUACCAAGACUGCUGCGAAAAGAGCCAUCAAAACUUGCGAUGUGACAAAGUAUGGUGCCAAAGCAGACAAAUCCACUGACAUCGGACCACCACUUGCAUCGGCCUGGGCUGCAUGCCAGAGUGGUGGAAUCGUCAUCAUCCCAAGCGGUGAUUAUGUCAUGAAGACGUGGGUUACGCUGAAGAAUGGCAAGGGAGUUGGUAUACAACUUGAUGGCAUCAUCUACCGUACCGGCACGGAUGGUGGCAAUAUGAUCAUGAUCAGGGAUACCUCCGACUUUGAAUUCUUCAGCUCUACCGGCAAGGGUGCUAUUCAAGGCAAUGGCUAUGAAAUUCACGCCUCGCAAGGGCAAUGCAAGGGCGCGCGUCUUCUUCGCACCUACAAAGUCACCAACUUCUCGGUUCACGACAUAGCGCUUGUUGACUCGCCUAUGUACCACUACUCUUUGGACACCUGCACCAACGGUGAGGUCUACAACAUGGCUAUUCGUGGCGGUGAAUGGGGCUGCCUCGACGGCAUCGACGUCUGGUCCAACAACAUCUGGAUCCACGACGUGAUGGUCACCAAUAAGGACGAAUGCGUAACCGUUAAGUCGCCAGCCAAAAACAUCCUCGUCGAGAACAUCUACUGCAACUGGUCGGGCGGCUCUGCUUUCGGCAGUUUGGGCGCCGACACCGCCAUCUUGAAUGUUGUGUACCGCAACAUCUACACGUGGAAUUCGAACCAGAUGCUCAUGGUCAAGUCAUACGGCGGCAGCGGUUACGUCGAAGACGUUGUCCUGGAGAACUUCAUCGGCCACGGAAACGCAUACUCCCUCGACAUCGACCAAUACUGGUCCAGCAUGAGCAAGGUCGACGGGAAUGGCGUCCAGCUGUCCAACUUCACCAUCAAGAACUGGAAAGGUACCGAGGCGAACGGCGCGUCUCGCGGGCCGAUCAAGAUUGCGUGUGCAGACGGCGCGCCUUGCACUGACAUCAAGAUCUCGGAUUUCGCCAUGUGGACAGAGAGCGGUAACAAGCAGACGCUGACCUGUCGAUCUGCAUAUGGAAGUGGUGGGUGCUUGAAGGCUGGCACGGGUGCGUCUUACGCCAUGGUCACGAGCACGCAGACUGCGGCUCCUGCAGGAUAUACUGCUGCAUCUAUGGCAGGGGACUUGAAGUCAGCGUUUGGUACUACCAAGAGCAUCCCGAUUCCCGCUCUGCCGACUAGCUACUUCCCAGGUCAAAAGCCCAUCAGUGCGGUCGCCGGAGCUUGAGGGAUUGACUGAAGUUAUCAUCGCUGUUUGAGGUUUGAAGGGGAGGGUUGACAUUCUAUUCUUGUAUAUGUUAUUUUUACCAGUCUAUACGCAAUCUACAUGAGCCAGCUCACACAUCACCAUGCGGAUCGUGUGUUCCGAGACAUGCUUCUAGGCGAGCUUGCUUUUGACUCCUAACACUUACCCUCCACCACGACAACAUUUGA